CCGGACGCUCCUUUUAUGGUCAUCAAAGCUCUUUCUGUCGGAGAUUUAACSAGCGGCGGAGGACUGACUGGCUCACCGAGGUUCUCUUUACUUCAGUGGGAGUCCACAGACGGAGUGAYUGCCUUUUACCUGGACCCGUCCUGUACUGCUUAGGAACCGAACCUGACGGGAUGUUCCAGUCAGCGUGCCUGUUUGUAGUCCUGCUGCUGUCCCGCUGUGUGUCCGGCUUGUACCCGACAGCUUACAAUGUCUCCUGGAAGUCCACCAAUUUCAAAACUCAGCUGACCUGGGAGCCCAAGCCGUCAGCUGAGUACUCGUACACCGUGGAGUUCUCCCAGGUUGGAAAGAACAAAGAGAGGACCCACCACUGCACUCGUUUCAGCUCCCAGUCAUGUGACCUGACCGCCUGGCUGGCCGACCUGACYGCCUGCUACACGGCCGACGUCCUGUCUGAGCCGCCGCUGGGAGCCACGUCCGACCUCAUCGAGUUCCCCCACAGCAGCUCCCUGACCUUCUGUCCCUCCAGAGACACUGACAUCGGCAAACCAGACUUCAAGAUGAAGGUGGCCGAGAACCAAAAGACAAUCACCCUGAAUGUGACCGACCCGCUCACAGCGGUGUUUAAAGAUGGCCGCCAGCUGACCAUCAGGGAUGUGUUUGCUGAGCAGCUGCAGUACAGAGUCACCUACAGGAAAAACAAGAGCUCUGGGAAAAAAGUCUUGGACCACGAGGGCAGUGUGAUCGAGGUGACUGGUCUGGACCCAGGAGAGAGUUACUGCUUCAGURUUCAGGCGUACCUCCCCAGCCGAAAGGAGAAGCAGCUGGGGGAGAUGAGCCAAACCCAGUGCUCYGAAAACGACGAUUCGUCCAUCAUUGAAGAGUAUUCUCCCAGCGUCAUCGCCGGUGCUUUCCUCUUCGCGGUCAUGGUAACGGGUGUACUCAUCGCCGUCACAGUGAUCUGCUGCAAACGCAGGAGGAAGGCUCUGCAGGCUGGGAGGAAGCCCGUACCACAGCUCGGCGUUUAAAUGCUUCCUAUGGGAACACGCGGUCGCACUGAGUGUGACGCGGGAUUCUUUAGUUUCUGUGAAACUGUUACAAACAUUUUUGUUUUAAACUGCAGAUUGAAAAGCACUGACAUACUGUAAUAUUUGAUUUAAUAAUAGAUUUUUUUAUUCUUCUCUUCGCCUGCUGAAAGGUACGAUAGAUUUUGGUGUAACUUUUUUUAUUUGAAUGAUGACUGURGGCUAAUUUUGGGGAAUUCUGGUUAAAGUUAUAUUUUAUGCUAAAUGACAGAUAUAUAUAUUUUGUAUAUGAUGUUUAAUUUAUUUCUUCUAAAUAAAAUGAUCUUAAUCCUACUUGAACGUAUUACCAUUUGUAAUUUUUUUGUUUGCUGUAGAUAGUUUUAUAUUAAUUUCAUGUUUUAAAGAUAUUUCACGUUUUAUUGCAAAUAUUAAAAUCGAUUUGAUGAUGAAA